AGAGGAGGGACUAGCGCGCUGCAGCGGCCGGGCUUUGGCACUGGGGCCCGCGGAAAAGCUGCUUCAUAGCCUGCCCCCUCCGGCGUCUGCCUUGCAGUUCGCGCAGCGUCCCGUAAACACCCCACUGGGGAGGGGAAGCGCAGCGCUCAGGCCGAGCGGAGGCGCCUCCUUCGCUGUCAUGUCUCAGCCUACGAAAGGCAAAAAGUCCGCCAAGGCGAGCCGAACGCAUGGUGAUAAAAAUGCAGGUGGAGCAUCUGGAGAUAAAAAAGGAACAGAAGCAGCAGAGAAGAAGCCUUCAAGCGCUGGCAUUACUGAAUCUCCCAAAACACACACAAGUGGAACACCCUCCACCAGCAAGACUAAGCCACCUUCCACUGCUGCAACAAAGACACCUGCUAUGAAGCCUUCUGAAACAAAGGCUUCCUCAAGCCAUCAACAGACCAGUGGAUUGGAAUCCCACAAACGGAAAAGAAACAAGAAGCAGUCAAAAGCAAAAAUGGAACCUGAAAAAGCAGCACAGUUAAGCAAGCCACCAGAUUCUCAGACAAAACAUCCUUCAGAAGAUAAACAGAGAGACCCUGGAGGGACACAAAAUCCAAGCAAACCUUCUGUGGUAGCAGAACCUAAACAACCAAGUACUGAAAAAGCAACUGCUGGUCAGGUUGACAAGUCAACAAAGGAAACAUCAGUAGAAGAGCCAAAGGCUAAAUCGGAUGACAAAUCAUUGUCUAGCAAGGCAGCUGUUGCAGCUGCUACCACAGCUGGAGCAGUUGCUGCUGGUGGUUUGACUUCUGCAACUGUAGAGAGUAAAGAAAAAAAAAUGGCAGUCACAACUCCAGCUGCAGCAAGUACAGAGAGUAAACCAUCAGAAAAGUCUGCCUUAGAUGAGUUAAUAGAUACCCUAGGAGGUCCUGAAGAAAAUGAGCCACCAAGUCCUGCAUAUACUGGACCACACGUUUUGGACCCAAUGUCAUCCUUGUAUAUAGAAGAGCUUGGCAAACGAGAAAGCACCAUUCCUCCAGAGUAUAGGAAACUAUUGGAGGGUGAUGGCAAAGUUGUUCCUCCACCAGUGACAGAGGGAGAAGCUCAGCCAACUAUGACAGAUGAUGACCUUGCAGAUGCUCUGUCAUCUGAUUUUACUUGCAGUGCUGCCUCAAGUGCUGGAGAGAAGAAAGACACGCCCAAAGAGAAGCCUGCGGGAGAUAAUGAUCUUGUACAAGCCCUGUCUACAAAUCUGGUCAGCAGUUCAGCUCCUCCUAAAGAGAAGAAACCAAAACUGGAAGAGGAGGAAAUUAGUGGCAGUGCCCUGGAUGCUCUUGUGGAUGCUCUUGGCUUGCCAGAACCAGAGCCUGAAGUAGACCUCAGCUCCAUCGUGGAAGUUGAAGAGCCAAAAGCCAAAGAAAAGAAAGAAAAGAAGGCUGGUGAACGGGAUGAUACCAUUCCUCCAGAAUACAGAUUACAACCAGCCCUGGAUAAAGAUGGGAAGCCCUUGUUGCCAAAACCUGAAGAAAAACCUAAACCUAUUAGUGAAUCUGAAUUAGCUGAUGAAUUUUCCAAAGAUUUUGUCUGUCCUGCUCCUCCUGCAGAAAAAUCAGAGCCAUCAAAACCUAUUGAUGUGUCUAAGAAGCCUGCAGCUGCUGAACCCCCAAAAGUGCCUAAGGAGAAAGUGGACAGUUCUGCUGCUGGUUCUCCAGUGCAAUCUCUUGCUGUAUCCGCAGUUUCUACACCCUCAUCAGCUGAGCCUAAAAAGCCUCCCAAAGAAGAGGUGAUACCCACAACUUCUGUUUCUUCUGUUCAAUCUUCAGCUCCAUUGGCAACUUCUCCACCAUCAUCAGCUGAGCCUAAAAAACCUCCCAAAGAAGAGGUGAUACCCACAACUUCUGUUUCUUCUGUUCAAUCGUCAGCUCCAUUGGCAACUGCUCCAAACGCACAUAUACCUGAUGAAGCGUUGGAAGCCUUAUCUGGAAGUCUAGGGGGAAAAGAACCUGAUCUAGAAGAAAAAAAGCCAGCUGUGGAUAAACUGAAGGAAAAAACAAAACAAAAGGAGUAUGAAAAACUUGGAGAAGAUGAAGAAACCAUCCCUCCAGAUUAUAGAUUAAUUGAAGCAAAGGGUAAAGAUGGGAAGCCUCUUUUACCAAAACCUGAAGACAAAUCUCAACCCAUGAGUGAAAGUGAGCUUUUCGAUGCUUUAUCAGAAGGAUUUUCUUGUUCUUCAGCACCAACAUCAAAGGCUCUACCUCAAAAACUUACUGCUGCUAGCAAAUCCUCCACUGAAGAAGUUGUUUCUUCUGCCUCAGCUUCUGCAGUGCAUUCAUCAGCUCCACCAGCAACAGUCGGCCCAGGUGGUAAAGAACUUGAUGAUGCUGCAGAUCUUCUCGCAGACUCAUUGGGGCAAAGAGAACCUGACCCAGAUGAAAACAAACCAGUUGUGGAUAAAGUAAAGGAAAAGGCUAAAUCUGAGCAUAAAGACAAACUUGGAGAGAGAGAUGAUACAAUCCCUCCUGAAUAUAGGCAUCUUCUGGACUCAGAUGAGAAGGGCAAGCCUAUAAAGCCAACAGGCAAGGAUGGUAAGAAACCUAAAGAACAAAAGAAGCCAGCUGAUGACUCAGCAGCUAUUGAUGCACUUUCUGGAGACUUUGAUGACUGUGGGAAAGCUCCUGUAUCUCAGCAACCACCAACAAAGAAUGAAAAAGCACAAGAUACUGCCACAGCUAAAUCAGUUACUAAGGAUGAAAAGAAACCCAAAGCUUCCAAAAAGGCAAAGGAGCAGUCUUCCGGUGCAAAAUCUGAAAAACAAAAAAAAAAUUAAAUGUCACUGGGCUUUUCAUCACUAGUGCAUUUUGAUGGUGGAUAGCUGCACUUGAACAAAAAACGCUAUUAUACAUAAGCAAGAUUGUUUCCUGGAUGGUUUUGGUAUUUGUGGUAUUUGGAUAUUUUGCCAUGCCAGGCAUACAUAUUGCUAUUUUCAUGGAUGAACUAACUUUUUCUAGUCAUUUUUCUUCAGCUCUGAGAGGGAAGGGAUGCUUUAUAUUUGUAAGAAAUGUAUUUCCUGUGGAUUUAAUAGCAAUGCAAAAAAGUCUGCAGUUUUGCACAUAAUCUACACACAGUGCCUGUAAAUCUCAGCAGAAUUCACUAAAUCUGUACUACCUUUUUUUAGUUGAAUGAAUGCAUUAAACAUUCUGGGAUAAGGUUUGGGCAUCAUCUGACUGUGGGUAUGCCUUUGCAACAGUAGUUAGUAAAGAGUGAAUGGUAAGUUGUGAAAAGUAGAAGUGAGAGCAAAGUAGAAGCUGUUUCUCAUCCUUAGCUUCUAAAUAUGUAAUACUGAUUAUGAACAGUACUGUUAGUAUUCUAAGUUUAAAGCUUACAUCUCUAUCACCACCUUUAGUAUUUGCUGCCUCUGCUAAACAGCUUGCAGGAAAAAUGUAACUGUGUGUCAGAAUUGUUAAAGGAGACUGGUGAUACUUUAGAAGAGAUGCAGUUUUUCAGUCUCCAUCACUCUGACUGACAUAACUGCACGUGCCAAUCCAAUGACAGAAUAUAUCUCAACAUGUUACACUGGCAUAGUGCUCUUUCCUUCCCCUGCAGGAAUUUAAAUGACACAGCAGUAGUUGUUUCCUGAUAUAUAUGCUCAUAGCACAGCUGGAUUUGAAGGUGUUUUGUGAGUUAAUUUUGGAUGCAAUGAUUGUUCAAAUUUGCUCUCUUCUCCCUGAUGGUAUUGUUUGCGGUAAGAGUGUGUCUAUGGCUCUAAUAGCAGACUCUGAUAUGCUAUGUACUUUGAGUAGCAAGUCUUCCCACUGAUUUGCAGAGCAGAGUAAAAUGGUCAAAAGUCUGCCUCAGCUAGCUAGUUGUCUAGACCAUUGACAGAUACAAAGGUCACAGUCUACCACAAAGUUAUCCAUGCACUCUUUUGAACUGAAUGGAUGUUAAGGCAUGGCUGAUUUUGCCAUACUUCUAGUUUAUUUCAAAGGAGGGGCUAUGUAGGUAUUCUCAGUGGACUGUUUCCUUCCUCUGAGGAAACUCAGAAUUCUGAUUUGUCCAUGCCCAUCUGUAAUGUUCAUACUAUACUGUAUUUGAAAGUCUGCAUUGAGAUUCUGUGUUACACUAAUAAAAGUUUUUUAAAAGUA